GAAUUUUGUUUAUCCUCUACUUUUGUAUUUUUUCUUUUCCAUCAUUUUUAAUCUCUGACCUCCCUAUGACGGUUUUCACCCGGGGCCUCUUGCAGAUUGCACCCCUUGGGACCCGUUGCCCCAUUCUGUAAUAUAAAUCUAAGUUUUCUGUUUCUUGUGGCCUUUAUGAAUAAUAUUCCUUUAGUCAUGUCAUUAGUAUUAUUAUUAAUAAUGGUGAGAUAGACAGUGAUGUGUUACGUUAGUGACUGAUAGGAAAAAGAUGUAAGAAGUAGUCAGAGCUCGACAUCCAAGUGAAAACAAGCUCCAUCUGUACGUUGCCUCAUUAAAUGUGCGAGACCCCGUCCUAUUGGUGGGAUCCUCCUGGCACCUAGCUACUUUCCCACAACAGAUUGCAGGUGGCAGAGCAUCGCAGUCUGAAGGGCAUUUCCUACUCGGACUGCCUUUUAAUUAGACUUAAGGGCAGAGCGGAGCCUCGCAGGACCUGAAAGGGAAUUCAGGGCCGAGGCAGAUGGUGCGAAUGGCAGCUCCAAUGGAAAGUGAGCGAUGGAGGGGAGUGGAGGAGAGAAGUCAGGAGGGAGGUGCUGGGAAAAGGUGGAGACUGAGAGGGGCAGGGAUGGAGGCGAGCAGAGGAGGUGCUCAGUGGAGACGCUUCAAGCCAACUUUUGAACACUAGCACGUAUUUGACCUGCAGACAUAAGGUUUGUACACAAAGCCUGCGAGAGAGAAGCAUGAUUUGACUUCACAACACUCGCUCCGGCUUUCUGUCAGCGACGGAGUGAUGCCAGCAUAUGACCGCCCCACCAGUGACCGCCCGGACACCGUGGGACGAUGCUGCCUGUGGCUGUGAGACGUGACGGGCGGAAACAGGCUUCUUCAAACUCCAAUGCGGCGACGUGGCUGUGAGGCCUCAGGAGCGGUUCCAGAGAGAUGCUGAGGCGGCGGCUUGUGGCCCUGGCGGCGCUGGGCCUCUGCGGCUGCCUGUCGCUGCUGCACCUCCGGGCCUGCGGACCGGCGGCCCGCGGCGGCCCGCGGCCCCCGCCGUGGCCGGCGGGCGCCGCCAGCAGGGAGGGCGUCAUGGCGCUGCUGCAGGAGAGGGAGGACUCCCACCGCCAUUACAUCAACAGCCUGACCAAGCAGAUAGCGCAGCUGAAGGAGGCGCUGCAGGAGCGGACGCGGCAGCUGGAGGAGUCGCUGGACGCGGCCAGGACCAGGGGCGUGCUGCCGCGGGGGCUGGAGAGCCUGCACAAGACCCCCUCGCAGGCCGACCUGAAGGAGUUCUUCCGCGCGCAGCUGAACCAGGCGGAGGUGAGCGCGGGCGCGCGGCAGCCCGACGAGUACGCCGUCAUUCCUUAUGACACGUUCACGCUGCACAGGGUGUACCAGCUGGAGACGGGCCUGACCCGGCACCCGGAGGAGAGGCCGGUGAGGAGGGACCGCAGGGACGCGCUGGUGGGCACGGUGGAGACGGCGCUGCACGUGCUGAACGGACCUCGUCCGCACGCGGACGGCAGCCGCAGGAAGCACGCGUACUCCCCGGCAGACUUCGUGGAGGGCCUGAGCCGCACAGAGCGGGACAGGGGGAGCGUCUACGAGCUGACCUUCAGGGGCGACGGCCCGCGCGACUUCACCCAGCUCGUGUUCUUCCGGCCGUUCGGGCCGGUGAUGAAGGUGAGGAGCGAGCGCGUGGACACCGGCAGCAUGCUCGUCAACAUCAUCGUGCCGCUCUCCGGGAGGUCCGACGCGUUCCGGCAGUUCAUCAGCAGCUUCAGGGAGGUGUGUAUCCAGCAGGACGGCCGGGUUCAUCUCACUGUGGUCUACUUCGGUCGGGACCAGAUAGAGCAGGUCAAAGCCAUGCUGGACCAGACGACCAGAGAGACCCAGUUCCGGGGCUUCACUCUGGUCCAGCUGCACGAGGAGUUUUCCCGUGGGCGGGGCUUAGAAGUCGGGGCCAGGGCGUGGAGGCGGAGCCACAACGUCCUGCUCUUCUUCUGUGACGUGGACGUCCACUUCACGGCCGACUUCCUGACCUCGUGUCGUCUCAACACAGAGCCCGGCAAGAAAGUCUAUUACCCAGUGCUCUUCAGCCAGUACAACCCGUCCGUCAUCUACAGCAACCAGACCCGUCCGCCUCCUGUUAAACAACAACUGGUGAUGACGAAGGAGGCCGGAUUCUGGAGAGACUUUGGGUUCGGCAUGACCUGCCAGUACAGGUCGGAUUUCAUCAACAUCGGUGGCUUCGACCGCGGCAUCAAAGGCUGGGGCCUGGAGGACGUUCACCUCUACAGGAAGUACCUCCACAGCAAGCUGAUGGUGAUCCGCUCGCCGUCCCGCGGCCUCUUCCACCUGUGGCACGAGAAGAGCUGCGCGCACGAGCUCCCCCCGGACAAGUUCAAGAUGUGCAUGCAGACCAAGGCCAUGAGCGAGGCCUCGCACGGCCAGCUGGGGGCGCUCUUCUUCAAACCGCAGAUCCAGGCGCAUUUAAACGCCCACGGACGCAUGAAAUGAGAAACACGGGACACUGUGCUUGUUAAAGCCACUCAAGCAUUGCUAAGAAAUAGACAAAAAAAGGGUUUUAAUCCACUGGAACAACACCCCGCAAGAAAAUGACUUCAAGAUGAAUUGUGUUUAGGUUUUUUUUGUGAGAUAAUAAAAGUGUGAAGGACA